GUAGCUAUUUUGACAGGUGGGUAACCUAAUUUUUAAAGGUCAUCUUCGAUCGGCUUUUUUGUUGUUUGAAUUGAUUUGCUUUCACCUCAAUGAUUUGAUUAUCGCCUCAAAUUCCUCAUUUCGAAUUAAAAAAUGCAUACUAAUUUUUCCCCAGGCAUGAAUGAGGAUCUAAUUAUCGAAAGAUCGAUGGAAAACAUAGCUGAGAGGAUGAAAAGAACCGACGAAAAGAUGGACGUACUUGCGGAACGAGUAACUAACAUAGAAAGCGACAUAUUCUCUGAGGAAGGUGAAACAAUCCAGGUCAACAGCCUUCUGAAGUCAGUGAACGAAGUGAAGGAGAAUUAUCAGUCCCUUCGUAAGGAACUGAUGGAAGUGCAAGAUCUGCAGAAACAGCUGAGCUCCUCACUCCAAGUUCAACUUAGGAUGAUGCAGUCGAAGUUUAACACUCUCAAAGAAAAAGUUAUUGCCGGCAAUGUCAGUAGUAGGGGGUUGUCUAGAUCCCAAUCUAUAUCGUCAAGUCAUACAAGGCAAGAGUACAUUGGAUUUGAAAAUGUCGACUAGAUCAUGCUGAAUUAUUGAAAUAUGGAGAUCUUUCAUCAAGAGCAAAUUAUGUUUUCAUUUAUUUGAAAUGAAUGAAUACUAGAUUUUACCUUGAUUCUUCACUUUGCCACUUUGGAUUAAUUUUCAAAAGAGCACUUAAAUAUUACUUAACUUUUUUUGUUUGGUAUGAUUUAAGUAUAUCUACAGAAUGUGUGGUUCCCAACUUUUGGGAAAGAACGGAUACAAUUUGCUGCAGGUCAUGAGGGAUUUUCCUCGCCAUUAUAUAAUCAAAGUUUAAUUCUUUAGCACCAUCGUCUUUUAGGCUUAACUGCAAUAUAUUAAUGUCGUGCAUGGUAACAUAUCUUGCCAAUUGUUUAGACUUGAUGUGGUAAAGUAUAAGACAGAUAUCAACUAUAUACAAAACCCAUAUACUUGCAUGUCCUAGUGAAAAGUAAUGUCAAUUAUUAGAUGUGUAUAACCCAUCUUUAUAGACAUAGGUGAUAUUUUUGUGAUUUUUCCAAUGUAUAUUUAUACAAUGACAGCUUUUUCGUUGAAUAUUGCAACAGGUGGAUUUUACCAAUUAUUGAUGUUUGAAAUUUUUCGAUUUAAAUAUUGAUGAAUGUGAUUGGAUGUGCUAAAAUUGUAAAGAAAAGACAGGGUAUGAGGUUGGUUAGGGAAAGUAGAUAUUUGUUGGAUAGAACGUUCACAUUUUGAGAGUAUAAAAUGAUCACAUUUAAAAUAACUUAUUUCCCUUCAUCGGUAUAUUUUCAAAUAUUUAGCAAUUAGGGACCAAUCCUCUCAAUUAUCUCCCCCCAUUGUUAUUGUUUCUUCCUCGAACUUUUCCCUUGAAAAUAUUUUCAAAUACUUUGUUUGUGUUAUUGCAACUCGUAAAUUUCAUGCGGGGAGAAAUCACCAAAGCAAUUGAACCACCCUUCUAUAUUCCUAUGUAGAUUUUUACCAACUUUUCAUCAAGAAGGAAGCAUCUUUGCUUGAAGGGGAAACUUGAAAUAAUAAUUUUUCCUGUUGCACUUUUUUGAAGAUUUUAGACGUUGUUUAAUGUUGUUUGUACCUGAAUUUCGAUGUAUUUUGAGAACCUGUUAUAUUUAUAGGACAUAUGCCUUAAUGAUGAGUGUUUAUUUCCACUCGAUUCUAUUUGGAAAUGAAAAAAAAAUUGACUCCGGUUGCAGAUAAGUCAUUAUUUGUGUUUUCCGCAAUUUUCAGGGAAAUUUUUCCAUUAAUUCUCCUCCUAAGAAUUGAAAUACAAGCACAAUAAUAACACUACCUUCUAGUGAAUUCGAACAUUUCAUACAAUUUUUAAGCACGAAAAUUACACAUAUUAAAGUAUUGCUCAAAGUACUACAUUAUUAUUGUUGUUAAAUAAAUAUAUUCAAGCAGUA